UAUUCUUUAUUGUGUUUUAAAGCUGAAAAGCUCAAUCAAUUCCGCAACGACGUCGUUUCGGCUUCUCUUCCCAAUCGCCGCGAAGAAGAAGAAGAAGAAGAAGAAGAAACCCCUCUCGCCGCCGAUCAACGUUAAGCCUCUCACCAAUCGCCGCCGGAAUUUCGUCAGACUGAUUUAUUGCUCCGAUCAGCACCGCCGUUUAUCGAAUACGUGCAUUGUUACCCCUAAUUAUUGUGUACAUAUAUGCUCUGAUUCAUACUCUGAUAGUGAUCGGAUAUUGAUUCAUGGCGUCGGCGGCGGCAGCGGAGGAGGAGGAUUACUAUGUGAGCGGCGGCAGCGACGAGGAAUAUGAGUCGUAUUCCUCUGAUCAAGAAGCGGAAUCGCUUGACGGACUCGAAGAUGAUGAUUACGAUGCUCAGUGGGCGACGUCGCGAACUUCUUCUUCAAAGGUAAUCACAAGAGAAUCUCUGUUGGCGGCGCAGAAAGAGGAUCUGCGAAGAAUAAUGGACUUGUUAUCAGUGAGAGAACAUCAUGCCAGAACUCUUCUCAUUCAUUAUCGAUGGGAUGUUGAGAAAUUGAUUUCAGUUUAUGUUGAGAAGGGGAAAUCUUGCAUGUUUUCUGAGGCAGGUCUUACCGUGGCCGAAUGUGUUGACCUCAAUAAACCAGAAACUUCCUCAAAACUAGCGUGUGACGUAUGCAUGGACAAUGUUCCUGCAAAAGAUGUGACAAAAAUGGACUGCGGCCACUUCUUUUGCAACAAUUGUUGGACCGAGCAUUUCAUUGUCAAAAUAGAAGAGGGGCAAAGCAAAAGGAUCAAGUGUAUGGCCCAUCAAUGCAAUUCUAUUUGCGACGAGGCUGUUAUAAGAAAGCUAGUUAGAGUAAAGCACCCUGAUUUAGUACAGAAAUUUGACCGGUUUCUUCUUGAGUCGUAUAUUGAAGACAAUAAGAUGGUUAAAUGGUGUCCUAGCAUACCCCAUUGUGGGAAUGCGAUUAGGGUAGAAAACGACGAAUUCUGUGAAGUGGAAUGCUCUUGUGGUUUUCAGUUCUGUUUCAGUUGCUUAUCGGAAGUACAUUCCCCGUGUUUGUGUUUGAUGUGGGAAUUGUGGACCAAGAAAUGUCGGGAUGAAUCCGAGACUGUUAACUGGAUAACAGUGCAUACAAAGCCUUGUCCAAAGUGUCACAAACCAGUCGAGAAGAAUGGUGGUUGCAACCUAGUGAGCUGCAUAUGUGGACAAGCGUUUUGCUGGUUGUGCGGUGGAGCUACGGGCCGGGACCACACGUGGUCUCAUAUUGCCAACCAUAGCUGUGGUCGCUACAAAGAAGACAAAGAAAAGACUGCUGAGCGUGCAAAGCGAGAUCUUUACAGAUACAUGCAUUAUCAUAAUCGUUACAAAGCGCAUACGGAUUCCUUCAAGAAGGAAUCUAAAUUGAAGGAAAUUAUAAAGGAAAAAGUAUCCAAUUUGGAAGCAAAGGACUCAAAGCUAAGAGAUUUUGCCUGGGUUACUAAUGGCCUUUACCGGCUUUUCCGAUCUAGGCGUGCUCUUUCAAACUCGUAUCCUUUUGCAUUCUACAUGUUCGGUGAUGAGCUGUUCAACGGCGAGACGUCAAAGAAGGAAAGUGAAUUAAAACAGCUUUUAUUCGAGGACCAGCAGCAGCAGCUUGAGUCAAACGUUGAGAAGCUGUCAAAAUUUCUUGAGGAGCCAUUUGAUGAGUAUGACGAGGACCAAAUAAUGAAAGUUAGAAUGGAAGUUAUUAAUCUCUCUGUUAUCACCGACAACCUCUGCAAAAAAAUGUAUGAAUGCAUCGAAAAUGAUUUGCUGGGCCCACUUCAAUUCACUAAUCUCAUUAUUGCUCCCUACCGAUCAAAAGGCGUUGAGAGGGCAGAGGAGCUGACAGUCGGACGGAGUUCUCAAGCAAACGGUAAUAAGAAAUGCCAGAAGGAAGCUGAUCUCAACUCGGGAGAAGUAACAGAAAUCAGCAAAGCAUCCUCGUCGGCUGCAAACCUACAGCAAUCCCGGAAGCGCCCUAGAAAAGGUGUCUCUGCUGGAAGAAUGUUGGAUCUCAACACCCCCGCUGACGACACUCAUCAAAACAACGGUAAAAAUUAAUCUCGAGCUUAACUAUAUAUGUAUAGGUGGGAAUAACAGCGUGUAGUAUGCUCCUCUGAUAUAAUUAUGCAAUGGUUCCGAACUUAGAUACAUCUUUCUGUGUAUAUGUGUGCGCCUUUGAGACGAAAAUGAUGGGAGGGAGGGAGGAAUGUUAGGAUCCCUUGUGGUAUAUAAUUAUAUAUGUCUAUAGUUUUUGUUUGAUUGUGGUUUUAAAUUGAUUUAAAAUGGAGUGCUUUGAUUUGAGUUUUUAUUUAAAUAGUAUUUUGACAUGAUGUUUUGUGAGAGAUUAGAGUAUAAGCACAUCAUGACGCACAACCGUGAUAAAAAAUUCGUCGAGUUUUUCCUUUCUCCUGUAGUUCCUCUGGGGUUUCUUACCUUCUUUUCUGAGUUGAAAAACUUUCAAGAAUUUUGGCUUCCAUCGAAACAAUAUGCUGUUUGAAUGAUAGUUGUGGGAGAUGUCCACGGAGGAGAGAAUCAGUGAGUGAGUCGAGGGAUGAUUUUUAGGCCAC